AUGGCAUCACCACCAACGAGACGACCACCCCCAAGUGGCGUCACAGCUCUUGGCCCAGUACCUCCAACGCCAGCCAACUGGGCCGAUCAACCAGACACGCCCGCUCGCCCUCCUCAGAAUAGAGGCUCGCCCGGCUUGACGAUUGACACCUCCAGUGCUGCAAGCUCUGUUCAGACAGGCGAGUCCAGCAACUCAGCUGCACUCAGCUCUGGAAGUCUAAGCCGCGCAAGGGCAGUCCGUCACGAUAAGACCAUCGUCCAGCGCCGUGCGGAAAGUCGCAACAGAUAUAGCCCGCAUCAUAAUUCCAUAGACGGCACUAUCAACCCAGUGCAGUUGAGCGAGAUUGUCGUCCCGAACGACACCACUCUCACUCGUAGACUGACCAUCAACAAGUCAACACCGAGAAGCGGAGGCCGGACGGCGGACGACACUCCUCGGACUGACGAGCAAUCAACGACACCUCGAGCGGGUGGCUCCGCUCAGCGUCCUCGUCUCGAAGCUGCGACUCCGCCAUUCUCGCCUCAUCCUGCCAAGAGCACUUCGAUGGUUGGGGGGUCGCCCAGCGUGGUGCCGAAAGCCCUACCUACGCCACCACCCCAGACUCGAUCUGCAUCCAGUUCGCAAACCAGGUUCAGGUCUAUGACGCCUGCUGCGGAUGGGCCCUCAUCAGCUUCCAUCUCAAGCACGAAACACUCCGCGAUAACUCAGACAGCUGAUCAAUUCUGUCAUGAAACGAUUGAGCGGUUCCAGGCGUUCGCUGUCAAGGAAUCGACGGCAGCAAGCGAUGCCGACCGUGUACGAUUGUUUGCCGACUUUAUCACGAGCGAAUCACGCAUCAGACGCGAGAGAUACUCAGCAGCCAUUGGGGCUAUGGGUUCGGAGAUCUUCGAUCUUACGAGGGAUCUUUUUCGCCCGAUGGUCACAAGACGGGAAUCCGGAGCCUCUCAGGCUGAAUGGACGCCGCAAUCAUCUGAGCCUACUCGAUCUCACCGCGGCUCGCUGAAUUCAAUUUAUCGCGAGACUCCAGGGGAGUCUAGUUCUGCCCCGGCUUCUGCUGCAGCAAAUGUCCCCAUUUCACCUGUUGGCGGACCGCCAAACAACGCAAACUGGAACUCGAAUUACAUGCCAUCGCUCUCCCCAAUCUUGAGCAUGAGCGUUAGUGACAAGCUGGACGAGGCCGAUUCUAGAGGUCGUCCAUCCAGCAGAUGGUGGGAAGCCGAUUCAACUGGGACGGGGGGCAAGCUAGUCGAAAGAUCCAAGCGUGAAUCCAAGUAUAUGGGCGUGCCGAAAGAAGCUCGAGAGGCUCUGCAGUGGAUGGACAGUCCUCAGACGCAGGCAAACCCUAGCGACGGGCGAAGUUCCAGCGAGUAUCCCCCGGAGAAAAUGGGAUGGCAUGAGCCCGACUCGGCAUCGACGCCGCAGCAGCUGCGAUACUCUGCACAAUCUCUCGCUUCAUCCGGCUCACCCACAACUCCAAACCCAGCCCAUUUGGAUGUGUCUCGCCUGGUCACCCUUCCGCCGCCCUAUCCUCGCCACCACCCGGCCGUGAACAACAGCCAUCCUGAACUGACAGAGACAAGAACUGCCGUUCGCCAACUGAGCGACCUCUCAGAGGUCGGAGUUACAAGGGAAAGGUUCCAGGUGACCAGCAACAAGAAGAGAGAGGAGGCAUCCAAAGCUGCAGCCGAGCGCCGACAAGCCCUCAGAGUCAAUCUUCAGCAGGAAGUCAACGUCGGCAACAUGACAUUUGCAGAGGCAUCGGCCAUUGAGCAAGAUUCCGCGGCGGCGGAGAAGGACAAGCUCAAAGAGCUUGGAAGGACAGAGUUUGAGCAGUUCCAAGCCCAGGUUGUGAUGCCCCUGAACGAGCUCGUCACUGGCCGCAUCGCAAAAGCCACGACCUUGUUCGACAAGCUGGCCAGUGGCUUGUUCGACAAUGUCUCCAGCACUGCUGAUAUGCCACAAGAAGAAGGCGACGAUAAGCCUGAGCUUCUCGAGAAGCUGACGCUUCUCAAAUGGAUCUUCGAGGCCAGAGAGAUGCUACACCGAGCCAUUUACGAUGUGCUCACCGAACGCAACGAUCGCUACCGAGAGGUCGUGCUGACGCCAUAUCGGCUCGCCGGCAACCAGGAGAAACUACAGAACGCUGUCGCUUUCUUUACUGAAGACGCUGCCAAGCGCGAGCUGGCGUUCGCUCACGAGGUCCUGGCCCGUACCCAGGAGUUUCAGGCUGUUGUCGAACAAAAUGUCAUGCGUGGUGUCGAGGUGCAGCUCUCGGCAUUCUGGGACAUUGCGCCUCCUCUGCGCAGACUGCUGGAAAAGAUACCGCCUAACCUGGAUGAUUUCAACAUCCAAAUACCGACGUCCGAGUACGAGGAGAACCCCUCGUACCGUGCACACCCACUACAAUAUCUUUUCAGCCUGCUACUGCAUACGGAGAAGAGUACAUACCAAUUCAUUGAAUCACAGACAAACCUCCUUUGUCUCCUGCACGAGGUCAAGGAGGCCGUUACGCAUGCCAAAGCCAAGGCCGUGCAGAGCGAGGGUGAGGACGCAGACGGACGGGAGUACAGCGCCGAGGAGCGCGAAGCACGAGCGCAGCACCUGCGCCAGGAGGAAGGCCAGAUGUUGACAGAUGAUUUGAAGGAGAAGGUGCGCGUUGUUCAGGACCAGUGGAACAGCGCCCUCGGCGAGAACAUCAAGAACGUCAAACAGAUGUUGGGAGAACAUCUCCUGCAGACCGGAGGGUGGGAUGAGACAUUAGAAGAAGGAGGCGUGGGUAGUGUGUAA